AUGCAUCAACAGGCACAGACCCAGGACGCCCUCACCGGCGACUUGGACACAGCAAAGCCCUCAAAGCCCGCCGCCGCCACGGCCCCGCGCCGCGCGGCCCUCGACGCGCUGCCAGACUCCGUCCUCAGCCCCGCCCCCGCGGCUUCCGCCGCGCCGCCGCGGCCGCCGUCCUCCACCGACGAGCAGCUGGCCCAGCUCGAGGCCUCCCUGGAGGCGCCCGCCGCACCCGCCG